AUGUCGUUCACACGAAUACUAUACAAGUCAAUCGCAUCCAGGCUCCUGCCUAGCAGCCGUGCAUUGAGAUUACAGAUUAACCGCUUCUACGGCGGAUCGAUAAACGCAACAGCCACCCGGCCAAUUCUCCUAGGCACAUCACCUAUGAUCGGUUUUCUAUCCUCAUUCUUCAGCACCUCCAGCCCCGGCGCAAGUUCAGGUAAUAUGGCGGAUUACCCAGAGAAAAAGACUGAGGCCGAAUGGCGUGCCAUUCUCUCUCCAGAACAAUUUCGCAUCCUUCGCCAGAAAGGGACCGAGCGUGCCUUUACGGGGGAGUACAACAAACAUAUGCCCGACUCCGGCGUCUACCAGUGCGCCGGAUGUUCUGCACCGCUAUACAACGCAUCACACAAAUUCUCGUCGGGUUGCGGCUGGCCAGCGUACUUUGAUUGCAUCCCUGGCGCAGUCAAGCGCCUCGAAGACCGGUCAUUUGGUGUCACUCGAACAGAGAUCGUAUGUGCGAAUUGUGGAGGGCAUCUGGGCCAUGUAUUCGCGGGUGAGGGGUAUAAAGUACCGACUGGCGAGAGACACUGCGUGAAUAGCAUUAGUCUGAGAUUUAACGAGAAGGAAGAAGCGGCAACGGAUCCCAAGGAGAAUAUAUAG